AUGCAAUUGAUGGGCUUACCAAAAGAAAUGAAAGCAGUGGUCAUAGAAGGUGACCAUGCAGCAGUAAAGAAUGACGUCAAGAUACCCAUCCUAGAGGAUGGAUGUAUGCUAAUCAAAGUAAUUGCUGUAGCAGGUAACACAUCCGAAUUCAAACAUAUUGAUAUGAAAUUAGGACCUGAAGGAUCCAUCUUAGGUUGCGACGUUGUCGGUGAAAUCCUUCAAUUAGGGUCCGAUGUCAUUAACACCGCUGAAGAACCAUUCAAAGUUGGUGAUAUUGUUUAUUCUUUUAUUCAUGGUGCAUCUAAAUUUAGACCUCACACUGGUGCAUUUGCUGAAUAUGUUGCGGUGGAUUCUGCUACUACUUACAAGGCUCCAGAAGGGUUGUUGAAGAAUGCUGAGGAAGAUCAUUUGGAAGAAGGUCCUGUGAAAACUUUUGAAGGUGCUGCUUCUGUACCCUUUUCAUUGACUACGGCAGGUGCCAUCAUGGUUCAUGAAUUAGGUAAUAAAUUAGAAUGGCAACCUGAAAAACCACAACAUGCUUUCCCCGUAUUGAUUUGGGGUGGUGCUACCGGUGUUGGCCAAUCAUUGAUUCAAUUGGCUAAGAAAUUACAUGCUUAUAACAAGAUAAUUGUUGUUUGCUCUAAAAAGCAUUUUGAAUUAAUGAAAAGUUAUGGUGCGGAUGAUACCUUUGAUUACCAUGAUGAAGACGUUGUUGAACAAAUCAGGACAAAAUAUAAUAAUAUUCAGCAUUUAAUAGAUGCGGUUUCCAAUGAAACAACCAUCCAACAAGUCUAUAAAUGUGCAGCUGAUAAAGUUCCUGUUAAAUUAAUGCAAUUAGUAUUCUUAAAUAUUGAAAACAUCAAGGAAAAAGAUAGGAAGGAUAAUGUAAAGAUUAUCGGUACUAUAAUCUACUUAGUCGAUGGUCUUCCAGUGGAAAUGGGUAGUUUUCAUUUCCCAGCAAAUCCAAUUUAUAGAAGAGAUAUUACUGAAUUUAUUAAAUUUAUUACACCAAGAUUAGCUGAUGGUAGUAUCCAUCAUAUGCCUGUUCGUGUUUACCAUAAUGGUUUAGAUGAUAUGCCUGAAAUUAUUGAUAUUAUUAGAAAAGGUAAGAAUUCAGGUGAAAAAUUAGUUAGUGUACUCUGA